GCGGGAGGAGGCGGCGCUGCCGGGUGCCGCUCCCGCCGCUGUGUGCGCGCCGCUGCCGCCGCCGCUGCCGCUCCCCGGGCGCACCGCCGCCAGCGCCGCCCGCCCGAGCCGCGCCAUGCACGGCUCGCCCUGCUCGGACAUGGGAGAUGCUCCCGCGGUUGACAUCGUGGACAUCUACGAGUCCCUCCGUGAGCGGCAGCGCCACGACAGCGAGAGGUCCACCUGCAGCACCCUGGAGCAGAAUGACAUCGAAGCUGUUGAAGCCCUUGUUUGCAUGAGCUCCUGGGGUCAAAGGUCACAGAAAGGUGACAUAUUAAAGAUAAGACCCCUCACGCCCUUCUCGGAUUCUGGGGAUUGCACAAUGCACGCCGAGGCUGCGGCUGAAUUACCAAAGGACUACCUGGCGACGCUGUGCAUGACGCCUCCGCAGAGCCCUGACUUCGUGGAGAUGUCGGCAGCCACGCUGCUGUCCUCACAAGUGACUUACUCCAAGCCCAGGACUGUGAUGGCCAGCACGGCUGCCUGCUCAGUCACAUCAGUGACUGCUGCCUCUCCCAUCACCAAGCUCUCUGUUCUCAGCGUGGGGCAGCAGCCGGCCACCUCCGAAUCCUCCGCACCUCAGCCCUGCAGGGCCAUGGCAACGAGCGUCAUUCGGCACACAGGCGAUGGUUCUGCUUGCCACCACAUUCCUGCCCUGCAGGAGAAAACAGGUGUAACUUCAGCCUACAGCACUUCCAGAGACUGGUGUGGGGCGGCUGACCCAGAACAUUCCAGACUGCCACAGGACACGUGUGCCGCGGGUGAUUUAAUCAGCAAAACCUCUGCAGUACACCAGCCUUAUGCACAUGACUCCAGUGAUAUUGUGACCAAUAAAGGGCCGCUGCCAGUCCGGCCUGAUUCACCUCAAACCCACUUACCAAAGAAUUGUGAGCAUGACUUGCAAAAAAGAGCUACCCCGGUGACACCUGCCCCUGUCUCAAGCCCCCAGGUUCUCUGUCAGAUGAUCCCCUUAAAUGGACAAAGCAGCAUGAUUAAUGCCUAUGUCAAGCCUUCGGCUCCAGCACUCUCACCUGCCAUGAAGCCCAUUUUACCACAGACAGCCCCUCUCUCCCAGCCUGUGCUCAUGGGCCCUUCUGUGCCUCAGGGGACUGUCAUGCUGGUUCUUCCACAGCCUGCUGUCACACAGACACCGCAGACCAUGGUCACUGUGGGCAGCACCAAGCUGCUGCCCCUGGCCCCUGCUCCCGUGUUCAUCGCCUCUGGCCAGGCCUGUGCCCCCCCAAUGGACUUCUCCAGGCGGAGGAAUUACGUCUGCGACUUCCCCGGCUGCAAGAAAACCUACUUCAAAAGCUCCCACCUCAAAGCCCACCUUCGUACCCACACUGGGGAAAAACCUUUCAGCUGCAGCUGGGAGGGCUGUGAGAAGAAGUUUGCGCGCUCGGACGAACUGUCGCGGCACCGGCGGACGCACACGGGCGAGAAGAAGUUCUCGUGCCCGGUGUGCGAGCGCCGCUUCAUGCGCAGCGACCACCUGACCAAGCACGCCCGCCGCCACGCCAGCACCAAGAAAACCCCCAGCUGGCAGGCAGAGGUUGGCAAGCUCAGCAGGGUUGCCACGGCAGAGAGGCCCAGGAGCAGCAGCGCCCUGGGCAUGCUCAUCCCCGUGCCAUCGCCUGUGUGCCAGGGCUAGAGUGAGCAGCACCUCCUGCAAACUUCCUGGAGAUAGGAAGAGCUCCUGCAACAGCAGAACGGGCAGUGGCUUUUGUUUCCCCCUGUUUGUGUGUACUUUAGUUUCCUGCAGUUCAGGUCUUCUGUUGAUAGUGCUGUGUGAGAAAUCUGUCAUAUUUCUCGUCCCUUCCCUGUUUGUGUUUUUUUUUUUCAGUACUUGGGCAAUUGCAAUCACCAGCACUUCAGGAAAAGUACAACUCUUUGAAAAUGAUUUUGGCAAUAGGUUAGAAAAAGUUACUUGUAAUGCUUGCUGUUAAUAUUUUGAUGGACAGUAAAACAGGGUGGUUUUUAAUUUUUAUAGUACUAUUUUCUAUACCAAAUAUAUUUUGUAUUUGUUCAUUUUGGUCUUGUUGUGCAGGCAAAUUACUUGCAUUAGUAGGGCUGUGCUGGAUGAGACCCAGAAUUCUGGAAACUUCAUUUCAGUAAACCUAAACUAUUGCAUUCAGAGUGUUUUGUAAACACUUAUCAUUUGAUAACUCAUACUGGUUGUUGUUUUCACACUAGCAAAUCCUGAUCCUGCAGUGGGCUCUUACACCUUCCUUAUGCAGGUAGAUUGGAGUUGAAAGUGAGUCAGUCAUUUUUAAAACAAGCUAACCCAGAGUGACUUUAUUUGAGAAUACAAGUGCUGAAAUUCUCAACACUUUAUUAAUUCAUACCGUUUUCAAGUAGAAGCCAAUGUGGCUGUUGGUAGAAGCAUUCCCAAGUCCACACUCCACUGGAGCAAAGUUUGGAGAAGCCAGACUGCUCUGAUGGAGGUAGAAGCACAAACACCAUUUAGAAAUUUUGACACUAAAAAUUACGCUUUAUUUUUGGUCCUUCUAAAGAAACAUAUCAAAAUAAACUGAAAAAUGCAAAAAUGGCAAGGUAGCCCAUGAAAAAUUAGUGGGUCUCUCUUUAUAUUUUUUGAGUAGAGGAGAAAUAAAAAAUUAAAGGGUUUUUUUUUGUAUUGUGGAUACUUGUGCACCUUAUAGGAGAUUGUUCAAGGCUUUCUUUUACCUGUAUCAAUACACCAGAGGAAGUACUAAUUGUGUCUUGAGUUAAGAAAUAGCCACCAUGUCAACUUGAUGAUACUCUUCAUGUGGCCUUAUACUUCUCCACAGUACUUUGUAUAAAAUCAUCCUUUUCUAUUAAACAAUACACUCUCCCUGUUGAAUGGAUUUUCUUUUACACAAAGUAUAAUGAUAGUAAAGAAAAGGAAGCAGUGGCUGCAGGAGUGCUGUGCUGCAAUAGCAUCGUGUGAGUAACAAAAUGCCCCUAGCACAAUUGGACUGCUCCAUCCCCCUGGUGUGGAAGGAGUGCCUCUGUGCUGUAGCAGAGUAGAGCAAAGCACCAGGUGUUCUGCUGGGAGGCAGCUCCCCCACUGAAGGAAAUAUCUCUGGAGUGCUUAUUCCUUCUGGACUCUCCUCUCUUCAGCCACUCCUGCAUUGAAGCUUAGUUGAGCACUGAGGAGGAUUCUUUUUCCUGUGUGCAUCAAUUGUGGAUAAUUAGGGAUGCACUCUCCUUUACUGCUUUGUUCUGAAAUCCUGGUCUUGCUUCCCAGUGUAGGCAAAGCAUGGAUCUCAUCUGUGUAAGUGCUGACUUGCCAACCUCAACUGGCACUCCCCUGAAAUCAGCAGAUUUCUGUUCAGCAGAGAUCUGUUCCAGUUAAAGCAGAUGAUGUCAUUAUUUUUUACACUAAAGCCUAUAGUUAUAAUUAACAGUAGUAAGUUUUCAAGGUGCACUAAAUCGGAGUAUUGUGCUAAGUGUACUGAAAUUUUUGUGCCUGACCUGCUAAAGGCUCACCCCUGUUCACUGGCAUGUGCUGUAAUCCCACUGACCCAGUGAGUGUGUGUGGACCUUGCUUUGGACUCUCCAAAGGGCUCAGCUGGAACCUCUUUUCCUGGUGAAGUGGAUCCUUGUGGUGUUGCUGUUCUCUGUUGCUACCCAGUUUUCUGAGUUUCUGUGGUGAACAAAGAGAUGUUGCUGCUCUUACUUUUUUGUUUGGUUUUUUUUCCUCAGAAAUCCCUUAGAACAAGAAGUCUGGCUUUUGGAUGCUGUUUUGCAUGCUUUUAACCAGGGGAAGCAUGUCCUGUCUCAGUUUAGUAGCCAGUUUAGCACUUAAGUUUUUUACAGACUGACCAUUUAUGGUGCUGAGAAAACAGUUUGGAAACUCUUGUCGUAAUUAUAUCAAUUGUCAUGUUUGUUGCAUUAUGGGGGGAAAACAGUGGACUGGAGAAUACAAACUUUUAAAAAGUGUGUCAUGUAUGUGUGUCACGAUGUGGAGAAGCCACUGCUCCCUCCUUGUUUGGGUGUACCUGGCCUGCAAUUCCUGGCAGCCCGUUCUGGAUGUGUGGAUCGUUCUCUUGUGGAUGUGUGUGAAAAGCUGUGGCUGCUCUGUCUGUUCCUUCCUGCUGUGUAAGGGUUAUUUAUGGAUUAAGCAUGACUGGCAUAGCUGCUGUCUUUGCACUUUACUGCCUGAACUCUACUGUUCAGUCUUAUUAUUUUGAGCCUAUAUUUUAAGGAAAUGGAACUGCAUUUUUGUACGUGUUUUUAAAUUUUAUUAAAUAAAAUGUAUGUAAUGUGA